AACCCAGCACCUUUUCUUCCACUGAGGCAGGGCUCGGCCUCCGACCAAACCUUCCCUUCUCCACGGCUGCCUUCCUGCUUCCGUCCCUUUCUGCAUCAGUUUCUGAUGAUCUCUGAACUUCCUCCUGUCUCUCUCUCCUGCUCAGUACUGAAGACCGUCGCCUCGCUGCUGACCGUCGCCUAUUGCGUCACCAUGUACCACCGCUGCAUGCGCUCCUUCCUACCAGACAAAAAGAAGCAGAGCAUCAUCUCUUCCAUGGUCUACUUCGUGUGGAACCUGCUCCUCCUGUCGCCUCGCAUCGUCGCCCUCGCCCUCUUCGCCUAUGUGCUGCCCUGCUUCAUCGUCGCCCACUUCCUCUGCUCCUGGCUGGUGCUGUUCUUCUGCGCCUGGCGUGCAAAGACGGACUUCAUGGACAGCACAGGGGGGGAGCAGCUGUUCCGGGCCACCCUGGGCCUCAUCUGGUACUUUAACUGGUUCAACGUGGGGACAGGGAAGACCAGGAAGUGGACCAUAGCGUACCACGCCUACAUCCUGGCUGAUAUCUCCCUCCUCUGUGGGCUGUGGUUCUGGAGGAUGAGCGUGUAUCCUCCUUACUCCCAGAUCUCAUGUUUCACGGCUUCCAUCAUCUACGGCGUUGUGGUUUUGGUUUAUGCGGUCGGGUUGGUUUGUAAGGUGGUUUAUUAUCUGUACUUCCAUCCAAAUGUUGAAAGAAAGGAGGAUCUGAAGGGCGAGGAAGAUGAACUGGACUCCAUUGUUGCACAGGAGAAUGGGGGAUUUCGGUCAGUGGUCCCGCAGGGUCACUGCAACAAGAGGAUGCAGAAACUGGCUCAGAGCUUCUACGUCAAACCAGCUGCUGGUGUUGGAGCCUGAAUCCUGCACAAUCACAACCGUUCUGGUUCCUCCACAGAGACUGAGCUGCAGGAAGGGGGCGCUGUGCUCAAAGACCUGUUCUGAUCCGAGCUGCUUCUUUGGUCCCCGACGUUCCAACUGGUCCUUCAAUCCCUUCAAUGAAAGGAUCUAGAAAUAUAAAAUGCCUCAGCGUUUCUCCAGAACUCUCCAUUUGUUUCUGUCCAGCACAGGUUUUCCUUUCCUGAGGAUCUGGAAUCUGUUCAAAGCGUCUCUAGAACCUUCCAGAUUCUCAGCAGGAGGUCCGGUCUCUUUCUUUGUUUCAGAAUUAAGAACACUUGAACGCCUGAAGGGACCUCGAAUCAGAACAACCAGGAAUAAAGCAUGGCGGCGCCGCCAUCGUGAUCAGAGUCUUCCAGCAAACUAAACUCUGGUGUCAAAACCUUCAUUGAUUGGUUCUGUCCAGUUCUAUAGAAAUGGUGCUGCUCAGGGUUCUGGUUCUGAUGCUGUUUUGAACUUUCAGGUUCUGUUCUGCCGCAGUUAUUCAGGAAUUGAUUUCUCUACCAGUCAGAGCGUGAUACGGUUCCCCGAUUGGUUCAGAUAAGUUUGAAACUGUCCAGGUCUGCCUGGAAACUCUGAAGAGUCCGCAGGUUUCCAGGCAGUCAGAAACAGGAACAUGAAAUCAAUCUGUUUUUAUUAUCUUAGAAAAUGUUGAAUAAAUUCUUCUUGGUUCAGUUUGUGAGAUAAAUUUCUCUCCAUACAUGAAGUCGGAUGUUCUGGAGUUCAGGUCUGGUUUUAGUCUUCGCUCAGACCCGUUCAGCCUCACAGGAACCGGUCAUUAGAGACGCAGCCAUCAUAUCUUUCUGGAUGAUCCUCCAUCGGAGGGACCCUGCUCUAAUUUAUAGAAUAAUUAUUUUUAUUUAUGUAUUUAAUUUUCCAUUCAUUUAUAUUCAGAAGGAAAGCCUGAUGUCCUCUCCUCCAUUAACCCAGAUGAUGCAUCUCAGGGAGCUAUGCAUGAAAUAAAACAACAAAAUAGUUCUGAUCUUUAAUGAUCUGAAAAUGCGUUGAUUCUGAUCUAGAAUAAUCAGAUCUAUUCUGAACUGAAGGGUGCUGACCUGUAGCGGCCUUAAACUGAUUCUAGAUCAACCAGGAAAUCCUAGAACUGAGAAGAACCUGGAACCGUUUCUACUUGUUCUGUAGAACUCGGAGCUGCAGUGAUGAUGGUCCAAAUGUUCCUGGUGCCUUAAAACGGCUUCACCGCUUUCAUCUGUAAGUUUUAUCCUAAAUGUUUGUUUGGUGUAUGUAGAAUAUUUUUAUAGAAGCUGUUGGAAAAUAAAAUCUUUUUCAAACCA